AUGUUUAAUAGUCUUGGAACGGCAAACAAGGUAUCUAUCAGUGGCGGUACACUUUCAACCAUUGAUGCUGGCACCUUCACAAGCUUGGACAUCUUACCAAUUUCGACAACAGCAAGUCCAAGAGGAGAAUUGAGCAUCAAGAACGUAGUACUAACGCCAGGAACAUUUCCCUCGACAUUCUUUGAUCCACUGACGAAUAUUAAAUUCAUUUACUUAGAGAAUCUAGGUCUGACAUCUGUUGAUGCAGCGUGGUUUAGUAGCAACACAGCUCUCGUGUAUCUGUCUCUGGCUAACAAUCAGAUCACAACACUUCCAAGCACUAUGUUUGAUACAACAUUGGCGUUAAUGUACAUCAAUUUACACGGUGCUCCAUUGGAUUGUACAGAUACCAGCACAGCUUGGUAUUAUGAUUACACUGUAGCCAAUAACAUCACUUUCGAAGGAGCAGCUGUCUGUUCAACUCCAGCUGCCGAGCAAUAUAAAAGUUUAGCAGUUUGGGCACAGGCGUUUGCAACCUCAACUGAUGAAUGCAACGGGGAAAUGGGAAUAGUAGUCGGCGGCUCUUGCAUUGGUUUAUUUCAGUUAAUCUGUUACUGUGUGACAUUUGUUUGUCUGAUAUUUGGUAUUGUUGCCCUUAUAUUGGUAAUAUAUUUACGUCGCAGUACACUGAGAGCAAAACAAGACAAUGGCAGUAAGGGAAACCAGAGGAAAGAGAAGAGAAAAGGGGGAAGACGGGAGAAAAGAGAUUCAAAUGCAUGGACUUAAAUAUAAAACUUGUGUGCAAUGACAACUGUAAAAUAUACAGACGGUUCAGAAUCUCCAUUAUGCAU